AGGGGGGGACUGCUUCCAGUUGUAGUAUAUCUGUUAUUCUGGUGUGAAAGUGUCCUGUGGGACCCCCCUUGUGGGACCCCCUCUCUCAGAAAGGAGUAAUUCUAUGGAAACCACUGAGGCUUCCUGACCCAGGCCAAGAUGCCAGUGAUGAAGGGUCUGCUGGCUCCCCAGAACACUUUCUUGGACACCAUCGCCACCCGGUUCGAUGGAACUCACAGCAACUUCCUGCUGGGCAAUGCGCAGGGGCACCGCGGCUUCCCCAUCGUGUACUGCUCCGACGGCUUCUGUGAGCUCACGGGCUUCGCACGCACCGAGGUCAUGCAGAAGAACUGCAGCUGCCGCUUCCUGUACGGGCCGGAGACCAGCGAGCAAGUCACCCAGGAGAUGAAAAAGGCCCUCGAGGGGCAACGCGAGUACCAGGCAGAAGUCAAGUUCUAUAAGAAGAAUGCAAACCCUUUUUGGUGCUUGCUGGACAUUGUCCCAAUCAAGAAUGAGAAGGGUGAGGUGGUCCUCUUCCUGUUCUCCUUCAAGGACAUCAGUGAAACAUAUGGCAAAAGCCAUCACAAUGGCACAAAAGAAGGUAGGACUCACAGCUCAGAGGCUUCUCAUGAGUCAAUGAAGCCCAGUGGUUCUCACUUCAACGAGGCGCGUAAGCAGGGACGGACGGUGCUGUACCACCUGACCAACCAGUUUUCCAACAGGGGCAAGGGCGAGGUGAACCUGAGUAGUGGCGUGUUCGACAGACCCUCGCUCCCAGAGUACAAGGUGGCGGCGGUGCAGAAGUCCCGCCUCAUCCUCCUGCACUAUAGCGUUUCCAAGGCAUUGUGGGAUUGGAUGAUCCUGCUGGCCACCUUCUACGUGGCCGUCACUGUCCCCUACAAUGUCUGCUUCACCACCCACGACGACUGCAACUCCGCCUCCCGCAGCACCAUCGUCAGCGACAUCGCCGUGGAGAUGCUCUUCAUCCUGGACAUCAUACUCAACUUCCGGACCACCUACGUGAGUCAGUCUGGUCAGGUGGUGUACGACACCCGCUCCAUCUGCAUCCACUACGCCGCCACCUGGUUCUUUGUGGACCUUAUCGCCGCCCUGCCCUUUGACCUCCUCUAUGCGUUCAACAUCACCGUGACGUCUCUGGUCCACCUGCUGAAGACGGUGCGUCUGCUCAGGCUGCUCAGGCUGCUGCAGAAGCUGGACCGGUACUCCCAGUACAGCGCCGUGGUGCUGACCCUGCUCAUGUCCAUGUUCGCCCUGCUGGCCCACUGGAUGGCCUGCAUCUGGUACGUCAUUGGUCGCAAGGAGAUGGAGAGCAACGACCCCGUCACCUGGGACAUCGGCUGGCUCCAUGAGCUGGGGAAGAGGCUGGAGACUCCCUACACCAACGGCUCGGCGGGGGGCCCCUCUGUGCGCAGCGCCUACAUCGCCUCUCUGUACUUCACCCUCAGCAGCCUCACCAGCGUGGGCUUUGGCAACGUCUGCGCCAACACUGACGCCGAGAAGAUCUUCUCCAUCUGCACCAUGCUGAUCGGGGCACUAAUGCAUGCCGUGGUCUUCGGCAACGUGACGGCGAUCAUCCAGCGCAUGUACUCACGGCGCUCGCUGUACCACACUCGCAUGAAGGACCUGAAGGACUUCAACCGCGUCCACCGGCUGCCUCAGCAGCUCAAGCAGCGCAUGCUCGAGUACUUCCAGACCACCUGGUCUGUUACCAACGGCAUUGAUGCCAACGAGCUGCUGCGCGACUUCCCGGACGAGCUGCGGGCAGACAUCGCCAUGCACCUCAACAAGGACAUCCUGCAGCUGCCCGUCUUCCAGUCGGCCAGCAGGGGGUGCCUGCGCUCCCUCUCGCUGCAUAUCAAGACCUCCUUCUGUGCCCCCGGCGAGUAUCUUUUCCGCCAGGGCGAUGCCCUGCAGGCCUACCACUUUGUCUGCUCAGGCUCCCUGGAGGUGCUCAAGGACGGAAUGGUGCUAGCCAUCCUGGGUAAGGGGGAUCUCAUUGGAACUGACCUGCCGGGCUGGGAGCAGGUGAUCAAGACCAACGCAGACGUGAAGGCCCUCACCUACUGCGACCUGCAGUACAUCAGCGUGCGGGCACUGAGAGAGGUGCUGGAGCUGUACCCGGAGUACGCCAGCCGCUUCACGGCCGACAUCCACCACAACCUCACCUACAACCUGAGAGAGGGCAGCGAGGACCGCUUGGACCACAGUGUCUUCUCGGAGCACAAGCUGCCUUUCCUUGUGGAAGUGGAGGACGGGGCGGAGGAGUGCUUCCAGCCGUCGCCCGGCGGCAGGUCCCACAGCAAGCUGACUCUGCCCACCCUGAGCGGCCCGCUGCAGCACGGCUCCCUGAGCAGCCUGCUGGGGGAGGAGCUGCGGCACUUCAACGCCCUGCGCCGCCACCGCUCACCCGCCCGCGGGUGCAGGAGCGUCAGCCCCUCCCCUCAGCAGCAGACCAAGGAGAGUCACGCCCCCGCCUCCGCCCCCACCCCCGUCUUAGAGGGAAAGUCCAGCCACAGGCCCACCAAGCUGCUCAUCCCCUCCCUCAACUGCUUCGGGCCUCCAGACCUCAGCCCCAGGGUCGUUGAUGGGAUCGAGGAUAACGGGCAAGCUUUUCACUUCAACAUGGAGCAGAGCAGAAUCAAAGUGGGCUCCGACAGCCUGGCCAAAGAUGAUGGCCAGGUGAACGCCACUCUGCUCCUAGAGACAGAGGAGGUCAGAGAGAGCAUCAGCCAGCUAAACAAAGAGAUGAGCCACCUGAACCAGAAAGUGUCCGAGCUGACAAAGGAGCUCCACCACAUGAUGCACUUCCUGCAGGUCCGCAUGGCCGCGCAGCACUAUGCCUCUGCCAUGUCCGCCUACCCUUAUGGUGUGCAGAUGGUUCACACCCCCGCCGCCAACAGUAGCCCGGUCGCCGCCGACUGGCAGGCCCAGGUGCCGUACAACAUGGCCGCGGGCCUGCAGCUGCACCAGGAGCGUUUGGGCCAGGAGCCCCCGAGACAGCCCGUGGGGCGGGUUUGGAGCUACGGCGGGAGCGCCAGCCACACGCGGGCAGCUGUGAUAGGGGACGCAGCGGAGACGGAGAAGUGCCAGCCGCCCACCAGUUUACACACGCCAUGCUGCGCAGACCUGAGAGGGUCUGCUGGGCUAGGGAUGGGCAUCCAGCAGACCUCCUGCCUCACCUCCAGGAGCACCCCAAACUCUCCCUACACGGCCCACCAGCAGCCUCGGGCUGGCCUUCCUCUGCUCGGCCCUGCCCUGUUAGGGUCCCCCCUGGAUCCGGUUGCUCACCCUGGGUACGCGCCGCCCAUCCCCGCCCCAAGCAGCGCCCACCCGUCCUGCUCCCCCAGCCAUCUCAGUCAGUCCCACCCCAGCCUGAGCCAGCAGGUCGCUGCUGCCUCCGACUACGCAUACACCCAGUCCAGCUCUCCCCGGCCCACUUGCUGGUCCCCGUGCGACUACCUCCACCUCCACAUGUCCACGAGCUCCCUGUCGCAUUCUGGUUCCGCCUCCUCCUCCUCUGAGGACUCGUUCCACUUCCGGAAGUCCACCUGCCCCAGGCAGAAUGACCUCAUUGGAUCCAGCCCCACCCACACCCUGCACAGCAGCAUCCCCAAGGAUGCCCAUCACUCUGGCCUCUCUCUCUCAGUGCCUACUCCUCCUGUCCUCAGGCAGGCUUCUGUCACCUCUCAGGAUUCCGGUUCCGCCAGACUUGACUUCUGUGACCUGGGGGACUCGAUGGGGACUGAACACAUUAGCCUUGAAUGUCUGCUUACAGAACCAAGACCAGACAGGAGGCAUGAUGAGGUCAUGGGCUCCCAUAGGUCUAGUAUUGGCACUCAGACAUAA